AUGGAGCGCUGGCAUCCGCUCCAUAGGUCGCUGUACAUGUGGACGAAGACGCUGCUGCCGAACACCAUCCUGACUGGUCUAGGGGAUCGGUCCGAGAUGAGGAACAGCAUAGAGGGGCGGCCCCCUUUUCUCGACCACCACCUCGCGGAGCAUGUCAAUGCAUUGCCGCCCAGCGUCAAGAUGCGGUACUCGCCAGACGAGAGCCAGGGCCUUGCGCAGGGCAACGCGGACGAUUACUGGUGGAAGGGGUCGGGUUCUGGCCUGCGAUCCGUCACCGAAAAAUGGAUUCUGCGUGAAGCGGUGCGGCCGUUUGUGUCGGAGGACAUGUACAGACGCAGGAAGGUCAUGUUUCUCGCGCCCAUCCGAUGGGCCAAGGGUGGUCCGCUUCAUCUCAUGUUCCGGCGGAUUUUGACGGAGGAGUCGGUCCGAGAACUGGGAUUCGUCCACUGGCCGAUCGUGCAGGACGCUCUGGAGCGCGGCUUCGGCGAAGCGGCUGACGGAGCUUGCUUCAGGACCGUCGUCUACGCCGCGAGCUGGGUGACCAUUUCCGAUCGAUUCAAGAAAGCGCAGGAGCAAUUGCGGGCUGAGGAGCAUGAAUGGAUGUUUCGGAUAGCGGAGCCUGCACUUUGCGCAGGGCACUUGGAUGGUAUAGCUAACUCUAGUACAAUACGAAGUGUGUAG